AUGCAAGAGGUGGCGGUGGGGAAUUACCGAGCGUUCAUCGCCGCUUCGGACGCGUUGCUGGUGAUUCGAGACGAAGUGUCCUCCAUUGACAAGCAUCUUGAAUCUCUGAUAUGGGAGAUCCCAAAGUUGACGAGUGGAUGCACUGAGUUUGUUGAAUCGGCGGAAGAGAUUAAGAGGAAGAUGAACCAGACGUUGCUAGCGAAUCACAGUACAUUGCUCGACUUACUUGAAAUUCCGCAGCUUAUGGAUACAUGUGUGAGGAAUGGAAAUUAUGAUGAAGCUCUUGACUUAGAGACGUUUGUUUGCAAGCUUUCAACCAUGCACCCCAAGUUGCCCGUUAUACAAGCUCUGGCUGCAGAAGUCAGGCAGACCACCCAAUCUCUUCUUUCUCAGCUUCUUCAGAAACUUCGCUCAAACAUUCAGUUACCUGAGUGUCUCCGCAUUAUUGGAUAUCUACGUAGAAUAGGGGUAUUUAGUAAGUAUGAAAUGCGUCUGCAGUUCCUGAGAUGUCGGCAAGUAUGGCUUACUGGAAUUCUUGAGGAUUUGGACAAGAGGAACGCUUAUGAGUACCUGAAGGGGAUGAUUAACUUCCAAAGACAGCAUCUAUUUGAUGUUGUCAAUCAAUACAGAGCAAUAUUUUCUGAUGAUACAUCAGGCAAUGAAGAAAAUCAUGAUGGCGGUCUUCUGUUCAGUUGGUCUAUGCAUCAAAUUACCUCACUCCUUAAGACUCUGAAGAUUAUGCUUCCAAAAAUAACUGAAGGCGGAUCACUGUCGAACAUUUUGGAUCAAUCCAUGUAUUGUGCUAUGGGGCUUGGUUGGGUUGGGCUAGAUUUCCGGGGACUGCUACCAUCACUUUUUGAAGAGGCAGUUCUCAACUUGUUCACAAAAAAUAUGAGUACAGCAGUUGAAAAUUUUCAGUUGGUCUUGGAUUCACAUCGUUGGGUCCCACUACCAGCAGUUGGUUUUCCAGCAAAUAGUGUUAAUGAUGAAAGUCUGGAUGAUGUAACUCCGCCAUCUUAUCUUAUGGAACAUCCACCUCUUGCUGUUUUUGUUAAUGGUAAAAAGUAACUUAUACUCUUUUCUUUUUAUGGUCUCUAGCAUCGAUUUCUCAGAGGGCACGCUGGAGUUUAGCAUAUGAUGGGAUAAUUGUUGGUUGUUGUUUAUGAUAAUUUGAUUAAUAGGGGAAGAUUUGAAAGUGCAGUUUCUAUAUGUGAAAUUUUGGUCAAGUUUCCUUAAGGAAAGUGCUUGUGAUACUAUAGAUAUUUGUUUCUAACCCAUGCUCCAGAUUUGGUUUCUUUUUUCUUUCUGGUUCUUAAAUAGAGGUAUGAUUCAUUGGAUUGGAGAAGCUACAAGAGCUUAACUUGUCUUCCAACCUGUUGGAGUCAGUGUCUGACACCAUUGGACUGCUGCAAAAUAAGGUUGUAGGUGUCUUUGGCAACAAGCUUGCUGCUCUUCUUGACUCUUAUUUGGCAACAAGAUCCUCUAGUUUUGUCUUCAUAUGGUUUAUUUAGGAGACUUCAAUCUUGUUCUUUUCUUUUGCUAUUGUAUAUGGAGAAGUUUAGGCCAUAUGUCCCCUUCUCCCUACUCUUUGUACUGUUUUUUAUCAAUAAUAUUAAUGA